AUGCACAAAUGUACAACAGAUAUUUUUGAACCAACAAUAAAAUAUCUAUCUAUCUAUCUAUCUAUCUAUCUAUCUAUCUAUCUAUCUAUCUUUGCUCGUUCGAUUCCGCCUCCGAUGUCUGUUACUUACAAAAUGGCUGACAUUUCCUAUCUAUCUAUCUAUCUAUCUAUCUAUCUAUCUAUCUAUCUAUCUAUCUAUCUAUCUAUCUCAUUUGAUCAUAUCUAUCUAUCUAUCUAUCUAUCUAUCUAUCUAUCUAUCUAUCUCAGUUUGAUCAUAUCUAUCUAUCUAUCUAUCAGCAUUUACAAUGAGGCAUAUCUACUGAACAGACAAGAUGUUUUCCUUAAUAAAUCUGACAUAUUUUUAUUGAACAUCAGAAAAAAUAAAAUAUCUAUCUAUCUAUCUAUCUAUCUAUCUAUCUAUCUAUCUAUCUAUCUAUCUAUCUCAGCGUGUAGAUUUCUCAUAUUCUGUAGCCGUUGGUAA